AUGCCUCAAAAAGAAAGUUGCCCUAAGGGCUACUCACAGGUGCCUCAGGCGAACCAAGAAGCUUCCGUUCACGUUAGAAGCAGCACAAAGAGCAAGAGCGCCUUCGAUUUUACCUUCGAGGCUGUUCGGCCCAACCUAUUCCGCGCCACCUUCGCUUCCGCGGAGCACCCUAUCCCACCCUAUCCAAGUGUCACCAAGCCCGAGACCAGCCUCCAGGGCGCCAAUGUCUCUACCAAGGAGAGUGCCUCCUCCAAGACAUUUGAUGUUGCCGGUGUCACCGCUUCCGUAGACUGGGAGCACACCCCAGUUGUCAAGAUUUCAUGGACUGGCUCCGAAAAGCCUUUACAUGAGGAUCUACCCCUGCGAUCCUUCGUCGCAGACGGUGAAGGUGUUGCCAACUACUCCGUGCAUGACCGCGAAUGUCUCCAUGUCGGACUUGGCGAGAAGGCGGCACCCAUGGACUUGAGCGGCCGUCAAUUCCAGCUCUCUGCCACCGACUCCUUCGGAUACGAUGUGUACAACACCGAUCCUCUCUACAAGCAUAUCCCUCUCCUGAUCAAAGCCUCUGCUGAAGGAUGUGUGGCCAUCUUCUCCACCACCCAUGGCCGCGGAUUGUGGUCCGUUGGAGCUGAGAUCGAUGGCCUCUGGGGACACUUCAAGGUAUACCGCCAGGACUAUGGCGGUCUUGAACAGUACUAUAUCGUCGGAAAGACCAUUAAAGAUGUGGUUCGCUCCUACGCUGAGCUUGUGGGCUUCCCGCUUCUGGUGCCCCGUUGGGCUUACGGCUACAUCUCCGGUGGUUACAAGUACACCAUGCUGGAUGAGCCGCAGAAGGCUCAUCUGGCACUUUUGGAGUUUGCUGAGAAACUCAAGCAACAUGGUAUUCCUUGCUCGGCUCAUCAAAUGAGCUCUGGCUACUCCAUUGCUGAGACCGAGCCCAAGGUCCGCAACGUCUUUACGUGGAACCGGUCUCGUUUCCCCGAUCCUCAAGACUGGAUUGCCAAGAUGCACGAGUAUGGUAUCCGACUUAUCACAAACAUCAAGCCCUUCUUGUUGGCUUCUCACCCCGACUUCCAGAAGCUCGUUGAUGCCGGUGGUUUCUUCAAGGAUUCUGAGAAGGAGCCUGGGUACAUGCGUCUGUGGAGUGCCGGUGGUGCCACCGGUGGUGAUGGAGCCCACAUUGAUUUCACUUCAGCAGAGGCUUUCAAGUGGUGGUACGAAGGAGUCCAAAGCCUGAAGAAGGUGGGCAUCGAUGGAAUGUGGAACGACAACAACGAAUAUACGCUACCUGAUGAUGACUGGACAAUGUCUCUCAACGAGCCCACAGUGGCCGAUGCCGCUGCGAAGAAUGUCAAGAACUCGGUUGGCCUCUGGGGCCGCGCCAUCCACACCGAGUUGAUGGGCAAGUCUUCCCAUGACGCUUUGCAAGAUAUGGAGCCCAAGCAGCGCCCCUUCGUCUUGACCCGAAGCGCCACUGCCGGAACCCUUCGUUAUGCUGCUUCCUCUUGGAGUGGUGACAAUGUCACCAGCUGGGAGAACAUGAAAGGUGCCAACGCCCUCUCGCUCAACGCCGGUAUUUCGCUCCUCCAAUGCGAGGGUCACGAUAUUGGUGGAUUUGAGGGCCCUCAACCCUCUCCCGAACUCCUCCUACGAUGGGUCCAACUGGGCUGCCAUGCGCCCCGCUUUGCAAUCAACUGCUUCAAGACUUCUCCUAAAGAUUCUUCCGUCGGCGAUGUCAUCGAGCCCUUCAUGUACCCUGAGAUUACCCCUCAGAUCCGUGACACCAUCAAGCGUCGCUACGAAAUGCUACCUUACAUCUACUCUCUCGGUCUGGAAAGCCACAAGUUCGCAUCGCCGCCCCAACGUUGGACAGGCUGGGGCUACGAGUCCGAUCCCGAAGUGUGGACCACGAAACUCAAGGCAGGCGAGGAACAAUUCUGGUUCGGUGAAACCGUGCUCGUUGGAGGUGUGUACAAGACCGGAGUCAAUGUCGCCAAUGUCUACCUCCCUCGCAAGACCGGCGUCUUUGACUACGGUUUCGUCAACAUGAAUGCCCCUUACCAGUACCUUGCAUCUGGCCAAUGGGCUGAGAUCUCAUCCGAGUGGCAGAAGAGCAUUGCCCUCAUUGCCCGUGUCGGUGGAGCAAUCCCUGUCGGCAAGAGCGUACACACUCGUGUCCCUGGUGACGAGACUGCUGCUUCUGUCUCUGUACAGGAAAUUGAUGAUUACCGUGGCGUCGAGGUUUUCCCACCCAAGGGAACCUCGCACGGUACCAUCUUCACUACCACUUGGUACGAAGAUGACGGUAUCUCGGUCCAGCCUGGCACUGCUUCAUACACUGUCAGCUACAGCUCUACCGAGGAGAAGGUCUCUGUUAAGCUCGAGCGUGAUGAGACUGCCUUCACUCCUGCAUGGAAGGACUUGGAUAUUAUUUUGCAUAAUGGUGACCAACGCCGUGUGGUUUCAAGCACUGGUGAUGAGAUUAUUCUCAAGGGUACUGACUCCCGUGGCCGUGUUGUGUAUACUCUCAAGGCUUAA